AUUAUGUUCACAGUGGUGUGGUGUUGCAGAAUGGGGUUACGGCUGAAGACGCAAAUGGCAACGUCUCUGUUACCUGUGUCAAUGACACAAAAAACUACAUCUUGGGAAUUAUGCAUAAACAUCAGUGGGCUCUGCGAAUUCUAGACUCACAAGGCAAGUUGCCCAGCGGAGUACUGUUGGGAACAGAUUUUGGCUAGGGUCGUAUACAGAAUGUCUGAACGCUUCUGUCCUGAUGACGCGGUAUUGCGUAGCGCAAUACAGAUACCACUCAGUAUGACAGGAGGGAAAUCUCACGGUCUAAAGACAAGCGGCUUCCUGUCAAUGGGCCUGAUGAUUGGCAUGUGUGUGCCGCGCUCGUGCUCCCAGAAUGACGUCACAGGAAUUCUGGAUAGAGCCAUUUCUCUGUUACCGCUGAACACAUCAGCGAUGCAUGUGUCCAUCAGCUGCCGUGAGGAUAGGAAUUUAUCUUCUGACAGACGGGCGAUAGCUGCAAUUGUGAUAUGUUCCAUCAUCGGAUUUUUCAUUUUGGUCGGUACGGUCUAUGAUGUCUGUAUCCUGCAAAUCCCGUCCAGUAUAAGAUUAAGCGAGAAGAGAUCAAUUCAAGCCAUCCAAGAUGAGAAGACGACUCUCAUUUAUAGUGGUGCGUCAAACCCCAAAGGUGGAGAUGAAUUUCAGCAAGUAGCCUCACCACCAAGCAUACUCGCUAAAUGCUUGGCGUCGUUUUCUGUUUAUACCAACGGACGCAAGAUUUUGAGCACUGCGCAGGCCCCAGGAAGUUUGAACUGUUUACAUGGUAUUCGGUUCUUGAGUAUGAGCUGGGUUAUUCUGGGUCAUACAUAUGGAAUCAUGCUGACUGUGUCUGAUAACAUGGCCGAAUAUGUGCCUGUGAUCUUCAAGCGCUGGACAUUUCAAGCCAUCCUCAAUGGGAUGGUUUCCGUUGAUUCCUUCUUCUUCCUCAGUGGACUACUGGUGGCGUAUAUCAGCUUUAAGGAAAUGAACAAGAACGAGGGUCGAAUUAACUGGGCAUUGUUCUAUUUCCACAGAUUUUGGAGACUGACCCCAGCAUACAUGUUAGUGAUGAUGGUGGAUAUUUGCCUUUUCCGGUAUUUUGGAGACGGUCCCAUUUGGCCUCAGCAGGGGAUAGAAGUCAAUUACUGCAGGGAUACAUGGUGGAAAAGUUUGUUGUACAUCAACAACUUCUUUUCUUUCAACUCUGGGUGUAUUUCCUGGGGAUGGUACUUGGCCAACGAUAUGCAGUUUUACGUCCUGAGUCCACUGGUGCUGAUUACUCUGCACAGAUCAAGGGUUGCCGGCACCGCCGUCCUCCUGGCUCUCUUGACGGGUUCAUUUAUAACCACGGGGGUAAUCAGCUCCGUCAACAAACUGCCACCCAACGGAAUUGACCUCAACCAGGAUAUUAACAAACCAAACCUAUACCAGGAUUUGUACUACGAGAAGCCGUACUGUCGUAUAGGACCGUACCUAGUGGGAAUGGCCGUUGGGUAUACAUGUAUACUGCACAGGACUGGCUCCCAGAUGAAGUUUACUAAGAAAGGUUUGGUGUUUGGCUGGGUGUUGGCUUUUGCCUGUAACUUGGCCGUGCUUUACGGUCUGUAUGGACAUUUCAACACAGAACCGCUGACAUCAGACGUCAGCGCCCUGUACAAUACAGUGUCCAGAACGGCGUGGGCUUUGGGACUUGGGUGGCUGGUCAUCGCCUGCUCUUCAGGAAACGGGGGUAUCAUCAACAGCCUUCUCUCCUGGGCCCCCUUCCAGCCCCUCGGUCGGCUCACCUACUGUGCCUAUCUCAUUCACCCGCUCGUUAUUCUGUACUUUGCUACGGGAAGAGAAGUCGUACCUCAUGCAUCUGACCUCAACAUGAUCUACUAUUUCCUUGGCCACAUCGUCAUGUCGUACGGACUGGCCUUUGUUGUCUCCCUUGCGUUUGAAGCUCCGAUGAUCGGUCUGGAGAGAGUGCUGUUGAAAAGAGACAGGAAACGGACAGAGAACUGACAGAAAACAGACAGAAUAUAUAACACAGCUAUUCAUUACGAAUGGCUUUCAUGCCAUGUUGGUCAAGUACUGACAAAUCAGUGAAUAGAAGGACAAAGAGUAAAAGAAGUUCUUUAUUGUGACUGAGUUUGA